AUGUCCAUGUCUUCUAACCCCAGCUCCCGCUUCUUCCCGAAGCCACAACAGUCACAUUCUUCACAGUCACAUCUAUCUCAACAGCCGACCGCCACGACCUCGCCGACGGUGGGUCCAGGCAGUACCGCCGGCCCCAGUACAAGCGCCGGCGCGAGUCCCAUCGCUGCAGCGCCCCCUGGGUUGCCAGUGGAUGGCGAGAAACUUCGAACGUCCGUGCGGCACCUUCUUUCUCGCGCGCACGCCCUGCCGUGCUCGACGACCGCGCAGGCCUUCUGUUCGCUCGUACACGAGGGCGCACGCUUCCAGCUCGCGCUCGACACGCUGCUGCCGCUGCUGAACGAUGAGUCCGCCGAGAUCGCGCAGCGAAUCCUGGUCGCGUACACCAUACACUCAAUAUAUGCCCCGCAUCCGAUCGCAAUCAAUCCAUUCAGGUCCGUGCUGUACACAGCAUUCGUGGCAGAGCGGAAACGCGCUGUACAAGCGCCUGUAGGAGACGGAGAGAUAGCGAAGAACGAGCAGUUCGUUUGGGUGUUAUGGAAGAUCCUUAAAGGCGAUGGAAACGAUCUUGGCCCCUAUUCCCCGAUCACCCUCGCCAGAUCGCCCCUACCUUAUGAGCUUCGUGCAGCCAACCUCGUUCUCGAGGAGGAUGCAUUCACGGAAUCAGGAUCCAGCACCUCUUUGCAAGACAGUAACGGUCGGGUAUCCCCUUCGGUCAAUGGGUCGGCGAUGAUAAGCCCCUCGCAAGACGAGGCAGCUGAGGAGUUCGCUCGUGGCGCGCGUCUACUUCUCGAUGCGCGCUCGCGCACACUCACUCUCUCAGAGCGCAACCUCGUCCUCGCCCUCCUCCCAGACCUCUCCCACCCUUCCGCAAAGGUCCUCGACCUCUCCGAAGUAGGCCACAUCACGUCCAAAAACCCCUCCAUGCGGUAUCCUCUAUAUGCUGCCCUGCUCACGCACCACUUCGCCGACACGCGGAGUGCUGCGAGCGGCUUGGAGCGCAUGGAGCAGAUGGUUGCAGAUCUCCGAGAGCUCCCACUCUCGCUGAAUUCGUUCGACAUGCUCGGAAGCAUGCUCAGAGAUGAGACGCCCAUCAGGGACCCCGUGACACCAGAUGGGAAGACGACGAUCGGGGUGUUGGUGAAACGCGAGGCGCUGGGCGGGUUUUUGAGUAGCUGUAUUCAGACAGUUGAGUGGGCGGAGAGGGAGGAGAGAGAGGGAUUGGUGAGCGAUGAUCGGGUGGCGCGGUAUGUCAAAGGGCUAUGCAUGUUCUACGGCCGGCUCAUCGAGACCGACAUUGUCGAUGCGACAGAUGAUGUCGCCACUGCGGAGAUGAAGCAUUUCGCGCUACGCUAUUCGCGCUUCGAGGAUGCUAAUGCACUCUAUCGCACACUUGCGUAUGCUCAAAAUCACUGA